GUAAAUCUGUAUUGAGUUGAGUUUCUGUGUGUGUGUGUGUGUGUGUGUGUGUGUGUCUGUGUCUGUGUGUGUAUGCGCGAGUCCCACUCUCCCUGCUUCUCCAGAAUCAGCCAGCUGUAUCUCACAGAUGAAGACAUCUCCGAGCUAGAGAUGACGCAAACUAUCGUCUUCAUCAACCCCCUCCCCAUCCCAAAAUAUAAUAAUGGGUGAUUCGAGGCGAAAAUGGCCGCAACUUAACAUCCAGCGAAGAAGUCUGUGCCAAUCCAAACACUAGCGGCCUGGAUUUUGCCUGGAUCAGAAGAAACAGUUGAACUUUCUUGUUUUAUAUUUCUCUGCGCGCAUUUAGUGAGUUCUUAUUCUGGGCGCUGAUGGGCUUGGAUGUGUGAGGCUGGAAUGUGGCAGGAUGUGAUUCUUACAAAAUGUGUUGAGGAGACAGCAGGAGAGCACAGCAGGAGCUGGCAGGCGUGGCAGGGAUGUUGUCACUGUAACGGUAGGUUUUCCCCCCAGGGUGUCACUUGGGUGCUGGGGGGGAAAUCUGAUGUGACAGCCCACGUCUGCUUGCUUCCAGAGAUUGGAUGGCAACAGUUGCCCGUGUGCUGAGAGUGGGAGCCGGAUUGAAGCUGAAGAAGCACCGUCCAGGCGAAUAGCAGGUGAGUCAAGCCAGCCAGACAAUACCAGUCAAUGUCUAUUGGGGCAAGAGAGCAUUCACUGUGCAAUCGGCCGGCGCUGCUCUCGCCUACAAGAUGACCAAAGGCGCCUGGAUGUGUCUGCAGCAAGGGGACGGCUUCCACAUUUGGUUUGUACCCCGACAGAACGACAAGCCCUGCACGGAUUCCGAGCGAGCCCAGAAAUGGCGACUGUCUCUAGCAUCUCUCUUGUUUUUCACCGUCCUGCUCUCUGAUCACUUGUGGCUGUGUGCAGAGGCGAACCUGGCCAGGAUCAGAGACCAGGAGCAGGGCACCUUGGCGAAGGUGGACGAGGACCGGACAGAUCAUUCACUUCCCCCCGCAUCCCUUAGACCUGAGCAGCCCGGGGAAACCAGCAGCCGUCGCAAACAUACUAUUUUUACAGGUAAUAUUACAGCCAGACCUGCCUGGCAAUUAGAAACUUGUUACCCACACUGUCUAACCGACCAGUGUUUUAUUGUUGAAAAUGCGGAGUCUAUCUGUGGACGAGUGAGUGAGCAAUUAAAGGAGGGCUCCUGGCCGCUGUCUUUCAACAAUUUCCACCUUGCCUUUUGUGAGUCUUACACCCUUUCGGAACUGUUUGCUGGGAUGCCUACACCAGAGGGUUCGAAUUGCCAUCUCAAUGUACUGAUGGAUGGAGAUGCCACCGUGUGCGUUCAGUGUGUCGAGACUUACCAGCGAUUGGACCAGCACGCCCAGGAGAAAUACGAGGAGUUCCAGGUCUUGUUUCAGAAGUAUUUGCAAUCGGCAGAAUACUCGGUGAAAAGUUGCAUCCAAGACUGCAAGUACCAGCUUGGCCAGAAGACCAGUAUCCAAGGCCUUACUGAAUUCCAAGUAUACUUCAACCACAGCCUUACCCCGAUCAAGCUCUUUUGUCACAUCCUCAAAGAAAACCAGUUGUCUACAAAGCUUGGCUGUGUUCCCAGUAUUUUGAGGCCACACAGUUUCACUGUAGUUCCAGAAUUCCUUGCAAGCAAUACUGCUUGGAGGUCCAGACCAGAUGUCCAUUUGUUUUACCAGACAAUGAGGAUCUUGUCUAUGGUGGACUGCCAAGUUUCCUUUGUACAGAGCUGCCCAACCAUCACCCAACCACUCCUGAACCAGAGUGCUGUGAUGUCAGAUGGGAAAACCAUAAUUCAGUUUCAAAUAAACAAUCCAAAGGGACAAGAGAAACAGCCAAUCCAAUGUUGUGUCACAAGUGCUCACUUGCCUCAUCUGUGGCAUCAAGACUGUGCAACAGUAGAAUCAAGUUAUGUGUCCUGGUACUCAUCCUGUUGCAUACCGUAGUGACGGUCUCGGCAAUACAGACUAGUACUGGAUUGGACUUCGGAGGGCUUGCAACUUGGGAAGAUAACUCAACCAGCGAUGAGUAAGGACUUAUGCCAUUGUUUGAUUCGCACACUGCAGGUUUACUAUCCAAGGAUGAUGGUCGCAGCUGAUCAGAACUGGUUGUACUAGCUUCCAAAUCAUAGCUUGCCAGGUCAUCUAGGUUACUGAACAACAGAAGGUGUGAGCCAGCCUAUAUCAGCAAAGGUACCACAGUAUUUCACUGAUUGAAAGACUCUGCAAGACAAGACUGAUUUCUCAUGCCAUUUUAUACACUGUGUUUUAAUGUUUAGACUUUUGCUUUUUGCACUAGUUGCUGCAGAACCUUUGUUUCCUGGAACAGUUUCUCAACCCAAAAUGAAUUGUUACACUAACUGUACUUCCUGUAUUUUCAGUUACAGAGUAUACCCAUUCAGUAGUUUUACUUUUCAGUUGUUACAUCCUGUUGGUUUACAGUAAGGCAAAAAACUGCACCAUGGUAGAACCGGACACUAACUGCCCUUUCUCUCCAUGGAAAUGUUUAUUGUACCCAUUUCGUGUGAGGCAGGGACAUGCAGAUUGCUGCAGCCAAUAUUAAGGACAAAGAGCAUACAGGCAUGUACUGAAGUUCCAUGCCAUGCAAAACUUUUACAAGCUGCAUGAACAAAAAUAAGCCAAGGGACAUUUAGCAUCCUCUUCAAUCUAUCAAGCAGAAUGAUAGCUGCUGUGAGAUGAUGAUUUUGAACAGUUACCAGCUUCUUGAAUUUUCAGAGAACACUUAAAUCCUUAACACUAUUCCCCAUUCCAGAUAAAUCCAUUUUUUUUUCUUGCCCAUUUAACAGUUGGCUUUACACUACGAAUCAAACCACUAAACACAGGUGAGCCACAUAAUUAUAAUAACUUAAUUUAAGAUACCAGUCAUGUUUUGUUUACUUUCCUAUGAUAGACAAUUCUCUCAGUAGAAUGCAAAUUGAUCAUUCUAGAACUUCUAGGAAUCAUUUUGCUACAACUGAAGGCAGAAUUCUGAGGACUUCAAUAGGCAUCUAAUCAAGAAAAGAAGACUAAAUAGCAUUUUGAACAAUUAAACAUUUUAAAAAGCCAGUACCUCUUCAUUCUAAGUUGAGUACACAAAUUUAGUCACAAUAGGCAGUUAACCUCAGAAGCCAGAAAGAGUUACCCUUUGUGUACGGCAAUCUCAUUUUGACAAACUUUUGUUUCACUUUGCAAAAUGGCAAAUGAAAAAAUGCAUCAUUCUUAAGAAAUUCAGUUGUCAAUUUAAAGGUAGUUCACUAACAUUUAUAUUUUCUAUAAUUUUAUAACCAGCUAAACAGGCAAUUAUGUCUAAAAUCUGUAGAAUUCUCCAUGCUUUUCUCUAACCUCACUUCCAUGAAGCACUGCUUAUCGAACGAUGGCUGACCUUGGUUACAAAGAUGUUCAGUUGUUUUCCAAUCCACUAAGUAACUGCUGUACAAAGAACCAGAGUGAUUCAACACAAGUCAAUACGCUCUUUGGAAUAUAUGAUCAAGAUUGGCACUGCAAAAAUAACCCAUGCAAUGGAAGAAUUAGUCUUCAGUGUUACUGGAAUGAUUAAACUUCCUGUGCUAACACACCACCUUCAGAAGUGUUUCACUUGCCUCGAGUAUAUAGAUUUUGGGCUUGAUUAUUUAAAUUCAGUAACUUUAAAUUGAGCAUUCAAAUACUAACCAAAAUAUUCGCCAAUUUCUUUUCUUUGUUUAGGCUAGGGUUAUCUAUUUCUUUUAUCUGAAUUGUCCGCAAUUUGAUUCUUUUCACAAAUAAACUGUUAUGAUUUUGUCUUAUCCUGAUCAAGAAAAUUGAUUUAGCCUACAGGUAUCAGCCCAGUUAUCAUUAAACUCAAUUUUUGGAUCCUGAUUCUGACUCAAUACAAAUAACUUAAGUUACAACUGAUUAAUCUUGGGACUGAACAUCUUUAGUGCCAAUGAAUGACUGUCAUUUUACCAUCCCUUUAUUUUCUUUCCUUGCAGUUAUGAAAUUACUUUAUACUGCUGACAUUGGAACUCAAGAGAAAGAUGUUUUUUCUAUCUUCUCAGUCACAUUUUCAAAUGGAUGAAAAGUCAUGGAAAAUGGGUGUAUAAGUUACAUAGUCAGUUGCAAUACAAAUGGAUAAAAUGAAACCAUUCUUAAGUCAGCAUUCUUUCUGUUCUUGAUCAUUAACUGAAAUGCUUUUUAUUUUCUAUGCAUUCUGAUUUCUUUCCAUAGACACCAAGGAUGGUGGAAGCCCUUUUCUCUUUGUUUCCUUUUCAUGUUUUCUUUCAAAAGUCAUUGUUUAUGCAUAAUGUUUCCCCAGAGUUUGCAUUAAACAGUGACAUUAAACAUUGCACAUGGAAAGCCAUCAGUCACAGUCAUUUGCAAUUGAUAUUAAGCACCCUGUGCACAUGAGUAGAGCAAGGAAAGUAAAUACUUCCAAUGAUAUAAUGUUAUUCCAGAGUUACCUUCUAAGCUAGACAAAAUCUCAGACUGGGAUAAUAA